AGGCGUGCGCCACCACUCCUGGCUAGAGAAUCUGUAAUUUAAAAAGCAGAGGGCAAUGGCUUGCCCAAGGUCAUAUAUCCUGGCACUGUUGUAGAGAUGUCAGGAUCUCAGGGCAUCAUCCACUAGGGCAGAGGGCUCUGGUGAAAAAUCCAGUUUCUCCGGAGACCAGAGUGCUUGUGAUGACACCAGAAUCCGCUGACAGGCGGCUUCAGCCCCAGGCGGCAAGAUCUUGUGGGCACAGGGAGUCUCAGCUGAAGAAACCGAGACCUGUAACCUCGAUGCAGGGAUUCCUCCAGGACGUUUCAUUUUUACAGGACCCACACGAAGGGUCCUUACGGCUCGCUUAAACUUACCAGAGAACCCUGCCACGACCUCGGAUUGAACCACCAGUGGUAGACCGAACCUGGCAAGUGUGGCGUUUUUACAGGCCUGUCGCCCCAGCUGUCAAAUGCAUAUUUUUUUAAAGGCCCAAAGAAAAUAACGAGAAACGCUCCCUGCGUUAUGCGCGAGGCCAAACAACUGCCUGAAUCAUCGCAGCUGGACUUGGGGAAGCUUUCCGCCUCGCGAGCGCGCGUCCCAGCCAGCCGGGUUUCGCGGGUCCUACGGGAAGCGCACCGCGACUCCGCACGCCCUGGCUCCGCCCCUCUGCGCGCGGCGCUCGGGCCCCGCCCACAGCGGGAUCCGCAGAUUCGCUAGGCCGGGUCUUCAAGAUUCUUCGAGCACUUGGUUGAAAAUUCUCAUUAGAGUCUACGAGGACUUUGGGGCUGUAGUCGUUUCCCCCUGGAUCGGAAGUAGGCCGUCCCCUGAGUUGUCCUAGAUAGGAGAUCCAGGAAGGCGGUCAAGUCUGCCACCUUUGGCAGGACUUGGUUGAUCCGGAGUUAUUUUCUUGAGUCCACCGAGGCAGGUGAAGGGAGGAAAUGGUUGAAGCCAGGGACAGUGGCGAAUCUGCAGCUUUUUGGACCUUUGGCCGCGCAAGGAAGGGGCAAGGAAGACAGGCAAAGGAGCGCGCAUCCUGUUAACUGAUUCGCCCCGCCCGCCUGACGAAUCUGCGUCUAUUCAACGCGCCACUCACGCCUCCCGAGUUCUGGCUGGCCUCCGCCCCUCCGCCCCGCCCCUUUCCCUCAGGGACUAGUCGCAGCUUUCGUCGCCGCCGAUUCGUCAAGAACCCCAGACGCGAGCAGCUAGCUACCAGGGGUGAAGCCUACUCUCCAGGGAAUGCGGCCAACCUCCAGAUUCCCUAGGCCGCAACUUCAGAGCCUCCUAAGGCACCAACGGAGGCAAGGCCGUUAUCCUCGGCUUCGUGGAUCUCCUGGCAGGGCCCGUGGCGAAAGUGCGAAUGCAGACCCUGCGCCCGCUGGACCUCGCGCAGUGUAAAUGAGCAGAGAUGGAUCAAGAAGGUGGGGGAGAUGGGCAGAAAGCCCCAAGCUUCCAGUGGCGGAACUACAAGCUCAUCGUGGACCCUGCCUUGGACCCUGCCUUGCGCAGGCCUUCUCAGAAGGUGUACCGUUAUGACGGAGUCCACUUCAGUGUCAACGACUCAAAGUACAUACCAGUGGAAGACCUCCAAGACCCCCGUUGCCAUGUCAGGUCCAAAAACAGAGACUUUUCCCUUCCAGUCCCUAAGUUUAAGCUGGAUGAGUUCUAUAUUGGGCAAAUCCCACUGAAGGAAGUGACUUUCGCGAGGCUGAAUGACAAUGUGCGGGAAACCUUCCUGAAGGAUAUGUGCCGAAAGUAUGGCGAGGUGGAAGAGGUAGAGAUCCUUCUUCACCCCCGUACUCGCAAGCACCUGGGCCUGGCCCGUGUGCUCUUCACCAGCACUCGGGGUGCCAAGGAAACAGUCAAAAACCUCCACCUUACCUCCGUCAUGGGCAACAUCAUCCAUGCGCAGCUUGACAUCAAAGGACAGCAGCGAAUGAAGUACUAUGAAUUGAUUGUCAAUGGGUCCUACACCCCUCAGACUGUGCCCACUGGGGGCAAGGCCCUGAGUGAGAAGUUCCAGGGUUCUGGUGCAGCCACUGAGACGACUGAAUCCCGCCGCCGCUCCUCCUCUGACACGGCUGCCUACCCAUCAGGCACCGCUGUGGUGGGCACCCCUGGCAAUGGCACCCCCUGCUCCCAGGACACAAGCUUCUCCAGCAGCCGACAAGACACCCCCUCUUCCUUUGGCCAGUUCACCCCUCAGUCCUCCCAAGGAACCCCCUACACAUCUCGGGGCAGCACCCCUUACUCUCAGGACUCUGCCUACUCCAGCAGCACCACUUCAACCUCCUUCAAGCCCCGGCGGUCAGAAAACAGCUACCAAGAUUCCUUUUCCCGCCGCCAUUUCUCCACAUCUUCAGCCCCCACGACUGCCUCCACGUCCAUCCCCGCCACCACUGCAGCCACUGCCACGUCGUCGUCGUCUUCCUCCUCAUCCUCAUCUUCGUCCACGUCCUCUUCUUCCACAUCCUCUCAGUUUCGUGGUUCUGACUCAAACUACCCAGCGUAUUAUGAAAGCUGGAAUCGCUACCAGCGUCAUAGUUCUUACCCGCCACGCCGGGCAACUCGUGAGGAGCCCUCUGGUGCCCCUUUCUCUGAAAGUACUGCUGAGCGCUUCCCGCCCUCCUACACCUCAUACUUGCCCCCUGAGCCCAGCCGGCCCACAGACCAAGACUACCGGCCUCCUGCCUCGGAGGCCCCGCCCCCAGAGCCUCCGGAACCAGGCGGAGGACCCAGCCCCGAGAGAGAAGAAGCUCGGACCUCCCCCCGCCCGGCCUCCCCUGCCCGCUCCGGCUCCCCAGCCCCGGAGACCACCAAUGAGAGUGUGCCCUUUGCCCAGCACAGCAGCUUGGAUUCCCGGAUUGAAAUGCUGCUGAAGGAGCAGCGCUCCAAGUUUUCUUUCCUGGCCUCAGACACGGAGGAGGAGGAAGAGAACAGCAGUGCUGGCUCCGGGGCGAGAGACACCGGGAGUGAGCUGCCUUCUGGGUCAGGUCAUGGGCCUUGCACACCUCCCCCAGCCCCAGCUAACUUUGAGGACGUGGCACCUGCAGGGAGUGGGGAGCCAGGGGCUCCCCGGGAGUCUCCCAAGGCCAACGGACAGAACCAGGCUUCUCCCUGCUCUUCUGGAGAGGACAUGGAGAUCUCCGAUGAUGACAGGGGCGGCUCACCGCCUCCAGCCCCGACAUACCUGGCUUCCCUCCCCCUUGGUUUUCCUCACCAGCCUACCUACCUCCUCCCACCGCGGCCGGAUGGGCCGCCACCCCCUGAGUACCCUCCACCUCCUCCGCCCCCACCCCACAUCUAUGACUUUGUGAACUCCUUGGAACUUAUGGAUCGACUUGGGGCUCAGUGGGGAGGGAUGCCCAUGUCCUUCCAGAUGCAGACCCAGAUGUUAACUCGGCUCCACCAGCUGCGGCAGGGCAAGGGACUGACCGCUGCCUCGGCUGGUCCUCCCAGUGGGGCUUUCGGGGAAGCCUUCCUCCCGUUCCCGCCUCCACAAGAGGCAGCCUACGGUUUGCCUUAUGCCCUGUAUACACAAGGGCAGGAAGGCCGAGGGGCAUACUCUCGGGAGGCCUAUCACCUGCCUUUGCCCAUGGCAGCCGAGCCCCUGCCCUCCUCCUCAGUCUCAGGAGAAGAGGCCCGGCUGCCUCCCAGGGAGGAAGCGGAGCUGGCAGAAGGCAAGGCCCUGCCGUCAGCAGGCACUGUGGGCCGUGUGCUGGCUACCCUCGUCCAAGAGAUGAAGAGCAUCAUGCAGCGAGACCUCAACCGCAAGAUGGUGGAGAACGUGGCCUUUGGGGCCUUUGACCAGUGGUGGGAAAGCAAGGAAGAGAAGGCUAAGCCAUUCCAGAAUGCAGCCAAACAGCAAGCCAAGGAGGAGGAUAAAGAGAAGACCAAGCUGAAAGAACCAGGGAUGCUGUCCCUCGUAGACUGGGCCAAGAGUGGGGGUACCACAGGCAUCGAGGCCUUCACCUUUGGGUCAGGGCUGCGAGGGGCCCUGCGGCUGCCUUCCUUUAAGGUGAAGCGGAAAGAACCAUCAGAAAUCUCAGAGGCCAGUGAAGAGAAGAGGCCCAGGCCGUCCACUCCAGCCGAGGAGGAUGAGGACGAUCCUGAACGAGACAAGGAGGUUGGCGAGCCAGGACGCCCGGGGACCAAGCCCCCAAAGCGAGAUGAGGAGCGAGGAAAGACCCAGGGCAAGCACCGGAAGUCCUUUGCUCUGGACAGCGAAGGGGAAGAGGCUUCCCAGGAGUCUUCCUCCGACAAGGAUGAGGAUGACGAGGAGGAAGAUGAGGAAGAUGAAGAGCGGGAGGAGGCCGUGGACACCACUAAGAAGGAGACGGAGGCAUCAGACGGCGAGGACGAGGAAAGCGAUUCGUCCUCCAAAUGUUCUCUGUAUGCUGACUCAGAUGGUGAAAACGGCAGCACAUCGGACUCUGAGAGCAGCACCUCAUCUUCCUCCUCUUCAUCCUCCUCCUCGUCAUCCUCUUCAUCAUCGGAGUCCUCCUCUGAGGAGGAAGAGGAAGAGGAGCAGCCAACAACCAUUCCCUCAGCCUCACCACCCCCCAGGGAAGUCCCAGAGCCUCUCCCAGCGCCUGUGGAGGAGCCUGAGCCAGAAAGGGCGGUAGGCUCCCCCGUCACACCUCUCCCUGAGCAGAAGUCUCCGGCAAGGCCUGCAGAUCCCAAUGAGGAAACGCCUCCCAGUGUACCCCAGCCAGCCCCGGAGCCGCAGGCUGGGCCCCCUGCCCCGCCCCCCCGCCUGGACGAGCGCCCCUCUUCUCCCAUCCCUCUUUUGCCUCCGCCUAAGAAACGUCGGAAAACUGUCUCCUUCUCUGCCAUGGAGGAGGCACCGGCUCCAGAGCCUCCCCCGGCUGCCCUCCCACAGGCCAAGUCUCCAGGCCCAGUGUCUCGAAAAGUCCCCCGGGCUGCUGAGCGGACCAUUCGCAACCUGCCCCUGGACCACGCGUCUCUGGUCAAGAGUUGGCCCGAGGAGGUGUCCCGAGGGGGCCGCAGCCGGGCUGGAGGCCGAGGCCGCUCCGCGGAGGAAGAAGAGGUGGAGCCGGGCACAGAAGUGGACCUGGCGGUGCUGGCUGACCUGGCCCUCACCCCCACCCGGCGCGGGCUGGCGGCCCUGCCGGCCCUGCCUCCCGGUGACGACUCGGAGGCCACAGAGACCUCGGAUGAGGCUGACCGCUUCUGCCCCCCACUCAGCCACAUCCUCCUGGAGCACAACUAUGCCUUGGCCAUCAAACCCACACCCUCCACGCCGGCCCUGAGGCCCCUGGAGCCGGUCCCGGCCCCUGCGGCCCUCUUCAGCUCCCCGGCAGAUGAGGUCCUGGAGGCCCCCGAGGUGGUGGUGGCUGAAGCAGAGGAGCCCAAGCCACAGCAGCAGCUGCAGGUGCAGCAGGAAGAGGGGAAGGGAGAGGAGGAGGAGGAAGAGUCCGAGUCCUCCGAGAGCAGCAGCAACAGCAGCAGCAGCAGCGAUGGGGACGGUGCUGGCCGGAGACGCAGCCUCCGCUCCCAUGCCCGGCGCCGGCGGCCCCUGCUCCCUCCGCCGCCACCGCCGCCGCCCUCCUUCGAGCCCCGCAGCGAGUUUGAGCAGAUGACCAUCCUCUAUGACAUUUGGAACUCAGGCCUAGACUUGGAAGACAUGAGCUACCUGCGGCUCACGUACGAGCGGCUGCUGCAACAGACCAGUGGGGCCGACUGGCUUAAUGAUACCCACUGGGUCCACCAUACAAUCACCAACCUGAGCACUCCCAAGCGCAAGCGGCGGCCCCAGGACGGGCCGCGGGAGCACCAGACGGGCUCUGCGCGCAGCGAAGGCUACUACCCCAUCAGCAAGAAGGAGAAGGACAAGUACCUGGACGUGUGCCCUGUCUCGGCACGGCAGCUGGAAGGAGUGGACACUCAGGGGACUAAUCGUGUGCUUUCCGAGCGGCGGUCUGAGCAGCGGCGGCUGCUGAGUGCCAUCGGCACCUCAGCCAUCAUGGACAGCGAUCUGCUAAAGCUGAAUCAGCUCAAGUUCCGGAAGAAGAAGCUCCGAUUUGGCCGGAGCCGGAUCCAUGAAUGGGGUCUCUUUGCCAUGGAACCCAUCGCAGCUGACGAGAUGGUCAUCGAAUAUGUGGGUCAGAACAUCCGCCAGAUGGUGGCCGACAUGCGGGAGAAGCGCUAUGUGCAGGAGGGCAUUGGCAGCAGCUACCUGUUCCGGGUGGACCACGACACCAUCAUCGAUGCUACCAAGUGUGGCAACCUGGCGAGGUUCAUCAACCACUGCUGCACGCCCAACUGCUACGCCAAGGUGAUAACCAUCGAGUCGCAGAAGAAGAUCGUGAUCUACUCCAAGCAGCCCAUCAGCGUGGACGAGGAGAUCACCUACGACUACAAAUUCCCUCUGGAGGACAACAAGAUCCCGUGCCUGUGCGGCACGGAGAGCUGCCGGGGCUCCCUCAACUGAGGUGGGGCGAGGCCGGCCACACCCCUAUUUAUUCCCCCUGGUGCCGAGCUCCCAGCACCCCCAGCCUUGGUGGGCUCGGCCGGGCCCUCGUGCCCACGUCUUGAAGGGCUGGGUUUGUCGCCCUGAGCCCAGCGAGGGAACCUCGGUCCCUUUCUGCCUCCCUGUUGCCCCUGCCUACCCGCCCGCCCUGAUUUUUUUUCUUUGCGGAGAAGAAGCUGUAAAUGUUUUGUAGCUGCCAGCAGCUGUUUCCUGUGGAAACCUGGGGUGCCGGCCUGUACAGACCCUGUUCUUGGGGGUGACAGCCCUCCUGCUUUGUGUUAUGGGGAUUUCCCCUUGUGCCCUGCGUGCACCGCCCCCCCGGUUUAGGGGUUUCUAGGGGCAGUGCCGUGCUCUUCCCUGGAGGGCCCUGUGCCCGUCCUGGGGGCUCCGUGCCUGGGACCCUGCCUCAGCUUCUGUCCCUGCCAGACCCCGUGGGCCACCCCCCCACCCUGGUGUCUGGGGGCUCCUGCCCAGCCAGCCGGGACGGUGGGGGUGGGCCCUUGUUGGGCUGGAUUGUACAUAUGUUAAUAGCAAACUCAACACCACAUUUUUAUAAUUGUGAUUAAACUUUAUUGUACAAAA